CCGCGACGGGCGGCCCGGGGGCGUUCCCAGCAGCUCCCGCGGCGCGGCGGGGAGGGGAAGGGGGCCUCGCGGUGCUGCGGCCAUGCCGAAGUCUAAGCGGGACCGCAAGGUGUCCCUGACGCGGACGCCCAGGAAGGGGCUGGAGGCCAAGCAGGCGCUUAUCGCCGAGCUGCGGCAAUGCGUGGACACCUACAAGCACCUCUUCCUCUUCUCCGUGGCCAACAUGCGCAACAACAAGCUGAAGGACGUGAGGAGCGCGUGGAAGCACAGCAGGAUUUUCUUCGGGAAGAACAAAGUGAUGAUGGUGGCGCUGGGACGUGAGCCGGCCAGCGAGUACAAGGAGAACUUGCACAAGGUCAGCAAGCACCUGAGAGGCGAAGUCGGUCUCCUGUUCACUAAUCGCACCAAAGAUGAGGUGAAUGAAUGGUUCUCCCAGUUCAAAGAGGUGGACUUCGCCCGCGCGGGGAACAAGGCAACAUACACGGUGAGCCUGGACACGGGGCCCCUGGAGCAGUUUCCCCACUCCAUGGAGCCUCAGCUGCGGCAGCUGGGAUUGCCAACGGCUUUAAAGAAAGGAGUGGUGACACUGCUUUCCGAUUACGAAGUCUGCAAAGAAGGGGACGUUCUGACCCCGGAACAAGCGCGCGUCCUGAAACUCUUUGGCUACGAGAUGGCAGAGUUCAAAGUGACCAUCAAAUUUCUGUGGAACUCUGAGACGGGAGACUUCCAGCAGCUCGUGGGAGACCCGGAGGAGGCGGAAGAGGAAGAGCAGGAGGAGGAGGAGGAGGACAACGACAUCAGUGAGGACUAGUGGCAGUCCUUGCAUUUGGACACUAGACGGUUCUACUGUUUGUUUCAGAGACAAAGGAAGAGGUGUUUUCCUUCCCUGCCUGCGGCAGGAAGACGAGGCUGGUCAACUCAUAUGUGCUCUUCAUAAAGGAUGUUCUAACUAUGUUUUUUAUAUAAAUUAUCUAUAAAACUUUG